AUGCGCGGUGUGCAGGCGCUGGCGCCCGCCUCUCCGCUCGUCCUCACCGCCGCAGCGGCAGCAGGAGCGCUGGGUGUAGCCGCCAUGUUCCGCGGCACCAAGGAGCUCAAGCCGACGGUGCAGGGCCAGAGCACGGCUUGGAACAGCGCCAUCCUGUCGCUCUGCCCCGCCCUCACCGCCCCCUACCGCCAGCCUGGCUGGAUGCCGCGGGGCGGCCAUUUCGAGACCAUCCUCGCAGCGUGGUUCAGGAAGAAGCCCCACGUGUUGUAUGAUCGCGAGAUUGUGCACAUGCCAGACGGCGGCUGCGUGGCGCUGGACACAGAAGACCUGCCGGCCGCCCAGCAGCUGCCGCAGGACGCCCCCGUGCUCAUCCUGCUGCCGGGCCUGACAGGCGGCUCAGAGGAUAGCUAUGUGCAGCACGCAGUGGUGCAUGCGCGCGAGGCGGGGAUCCGAGCGGUUGUGUUCAACAGCCGCGGUACCAGCGGCAGCCCCGUCCUGACGGCCCAGUUCUACUCGGCAUCGUUCACAGAAGACAUGCGCAAUGUCGUGGCCCACGUCCGGAACCAGUACCCUCACAGCCUGCUGUUUGCGGCGGGGUGGAGCCUGGGUGCCAACAUCAUGACCCGCUACCUGGGGGAGGAGCAGGACCGCACGCCCAUCAGCGCCGCCGUGGCUCUGUGCAACCCCUUCGACUUGCCGCUGUCCGACUCCAACUUCCAGCAGGGCUUCAACCGAAUAUACGACUGGAACCUGGCCCGCAGCCUGAACCGCAUCUACCAGAACCACCACCACCUGUUCGAGGCAGAGGCGGCCAACGGGGAGGGGCGGCCCUACCGGCCAGACGUCGCCAUCGGGGCGAAGACCAUCCGCGAGUUUGAUGAUGCCAUCACCCGCAUCGCCUUUGGCUGGCCAGACGUGGAUGCCUACUAUGCCGGCAGCAGCAGCAGCCUGAGCAUACCCGAUGUGCGCAUCCCGCUGCUCGUGAUCCAGGCCGCUGAUGACCCCAUCGCCCCCAAGGAGGCCAUCCCCUUUGAGGCCCUGCAGGCCAACCCGCAGUGCCUGCUGGUUGUGACGCCCACGGGCGGGCACCUGGGGUGGAGCGGCGGGCCUGAUGGCGUGACAGGCGCGUGCAGCCCGGGCGCGCCCUGGACCGACGCCGCCGUGGCAGAGUACUUCACCGCCGCGCGCCAGCUGCUGGCGCAGCCGGAGUUUGCGGCGGCGGCGGCGGCGCGGCCCGCGCAGCCCGCCCCGGGCGAGCCGGCAGGCGUGUGGACCAUGGAGGAGACCACCCACCAGGCGCCCUGA